CCUGAAUGCCUCAUUGCCACACCAGUUCCACUUCCCGGAACAAGGAGGAGCUGGUAGUUUAUCGCGGAUACAAACACAAAUCUCCGUUCAUUUCGGUCUGAGCCUCAUCGUUCCUGAACAGGAUGAUCGACGUGCAAGCAUGGGCAGAGUAUGUGGUGGAGUGGGCUGCCAAAGACCCCUAUGGUUUUCUCACAACUAUCAUACUGGCUCUCACCCCUCUCUUCAUUGCCAGCGCUCUGCUGUCCUGGAAGCUGGCCAAGAUGAUCGAGGCACGUGACCGCGAACAGAAGAAGAAGCAGAAACGUCAGGAAAACAUAGCCAAGGCCAAGAGGACCAAGAAAGACUGAGCCGGCGAGGGCUAGGAUAGGGGCAUUGCAAAGGACGAGCAAACCAUCACGCUCGCAGGCCUCCUUUUCUAAAUAAUGACACGGUGCCCUUCCUUGUCCCAGCCCUACUAUCAGCACAGGGCCACUAUGCCUCAUGUCCAGGGUAGGAGGAGGGACGCUGGCCCCACAGACUUAACAGUGCUGAUGGACAGUACUGCCCUGAGGAAGCUUGUCCCAGUGGGACUUUGGUCAGCAACAGCACAGUAGUCAUCUGUAUAACGUUUUUAUACAGUGACCUGCUGUUAUAUCGUGCAGCUGUUGCAACACCUUGCAUUCCAUUGUUGGCAUCCCCGUUUUGCUGAAAUGAUGACAUAAUGAGAAUAAUGGAACUUUUUAAGCUUGAUAACUUGCAAGCUAUCCAAAUGAUUACUUUAUGAUCAAUAAAAUUUUCAUGGUUGGUAAGAAAGCUUCCUUUCUUUGGAUUUAAUAUUGUGCUGUGUACUUAUUUACCCAUAAACACUGAAUCAGAGGGCUGGUAAUAAAAUACACUACCACAAAUUCAAAAAAGUAGGCUCGCAAUGUUCAGUAAGGUGACAGCAAGUGCAUUUAAGGGUAAUACUCCUGUAUGUGCAAGGUCUUAUUGUUGAUUAUGGAGUUCUAAAAUAUAAAAGCAUCAAACAAAUCAGCAUGAUCUGCGGUACAGGAAGGUGAAAAGUAAUAUUUAACAGGUGUGCCUUUAUUAAAUAUCAAUUUAAAAAUAGUAAACCAGGAUUACAUAUUAUACAAACAACUUGUGUUUCAUGUACUGUAUGCUUUUAAUUUGGAUGCAGACCUUUGCUCAUUUUAUUAGACAUUUUUUAUUUUUGUUUAUAAGUAGAAAGUGGAUUACCUUCACUUUGAUUCAGUGUUGUAAAAUAAAACAUUCAAAAGUCCACAGGGGUUGGUAUUUUUAUGGGUGGCGACUGGCUUUCUUGAGUACUCGUGAGCCUAUAAAGAGGCAGUCAAAGCAGUUUAGUGUAACUGUUUUCUGUUUCUUAGUUUUACUUCCCUGCGUUCAGAGAACUGAUGUCUCAUGACUGCGUUUAGAAUGACAGACAUGAGAAGGAAGACUGUUUUAAGCUAACGUUAGACCUUACUGCUCUUUUAACUAGUACAGUACAGUGCAAAAAUCUCGUCUUCCCCUCUCUCCCCAAUUUCCUGUCCAUCUCUACUUAGUAUCCAAUAAAAAGAGCAAAAAUAUAUCUGACCAUUUCAGAGGAUUUUUAAAAAUUUGGUAAGCCACUGACCACUAACUUUACAAUGAAUCAUUCAAGCAUUAAAAAGACUCCUAUGACUUUAGGGAUGAACCACUGUUGUGUCUACACAUAACAAAGAAAAAAAACAAUUUCAAAUUGUACCUCUAGGCACUUUAUUACUAGCAGCCUGUCACAAAAAUACAUAAUUACCAUUUCUGUAGUAGAAUCUAUGAAAACUGCCCAAGACAACACAGUUUGGAGAGGUGUAAAAUAGUAUUUUUGCAACAACAGGGUGACAAAUAGGAAUAUUUUGGCAUGCUGAGCAGUUUGCCCUUAAAGAAUCUGGACAAAAGAAGAAGUGACAGCCUUAAACAAAACUAUCUAUCGAAGAUGAACGGUAUCUGAAAGUUAUGUCCUUAAGAAAUGGGGGAAAAAAUGCAGCAAA